AUGGCCGCCCGACAGGGACCCCUGAGCUGCUCCUUCCUGGGGACUCUGGCUGCCAGCUGCCUCCUUCUCAUGGUCCUGUCGCUGCAGGGAGGGGUGGCUGCACCUCUGGGCUCCCACUGCAGGCUGGACAAAUCCAACUUCCAGCAGCCGUACAUCACCAACCGCACCUUCAUGUUGGCUAAGGAGGCCAGCUUGGCAGAUAACAACACAGAUGUCCGUCUCAUUGGGGAGAAACUGUUCCGUGGAGUCAAUAUGGGGGAGCGCUGCUACCUGCUGAAGCAGGUGCUGAACUUCACCGUGGACGAGGUGCUGCUCCCCCAGCCCCACAGGUUCCAGCCCUACAUGCAGGAGGUGGUGCCCUUCCUGGCCAGGCUCAGCACUAGACUGAGCUCCUGUCACAUCGAGGGUGAUGACCAGCACAUCCAGAGGAAUGUGCAAAAGCUGAAAGACACAGUGAGGAAGCUUGGGGAGAGUGGAGAGAUCAAAGCAAUUGGAGAACUGGACCUGCUGUUCAUGGCCCUGAGAAACGCCUGUGUUUCACCAGAGCAGAGCCAGGAAUGA